AUGGAGCAUCUACCGAACGAAUUGCUAAUAUCCAUCGGAGAGUACACUCAGGAAAGAUGGUGCCCUAUGAGCACACUACGUUCCCUGACCUUGUGCUCUCGGCGAUUGCAUACAGUGUUUCAACCUUUACUUUAUUCUUAUAUCUCGCCUCGCUGGUCUAUUCGUCUCCUUCGUUUGAUUAUACGCCUCUGGAAACACCCUGAGCUGGCUAGCCAAGUGCGCCAUUUGAAGCUUUUUUGGACGCAUUGUGAAAAUGACCCCCGUGACGGAUUGGACGAAGACGAGGCUGUCAAGUUUAUCCACCAUGCAUUGGAUGAGAUAUUCGAACCAGAGGAAGAAGAAUUUAGGUCUAAAUGGAGAGAGCAUCUGCUUGUCCCAUGCGAAGAGGCUUGGCUGGGCUUACUUCUCGUACGCUUGACACAUCUAGAGACGAUCGAGUUCGGCCACGAGAGCUCUGACUUGAUGUCAGACAUCUUGCGCAAGGCCGCACGGCGCCAACGACCCUUUCACCAGACCCUUCCAUUACCACAUUUACGAGAAAUUUUAUUCUUUUCUCAAUAUGGCGAUAAUUCAUGGAUGCCCUCGGAUUUUCUCACGCCCUUUUUCUAUUUUCCCGCGGUUCGAAAGAUCCAUGGUGGCCCCAUUGGCGAGUCGUCCCCGGAUGAUCCCGACAACAUGUCUCUUAAUAUCAACCAUUCUUCACGUCCGGUUCGAGAGUUUACAGUUUCAAUGGCAUUUUGGUGCUGCGGUAUGCUCGACUGGCUCGCAUCGAGCACAGAACUUGAGCACAUUGCCCUUGUGCUUGGGUAUCACCGAGACGACCCGGACUUCCCAGAUGGGGACAUGUUCCAAGCUCCGGAAUUCCGAAGUGCUCUUCUUCCGUUCACCGGGACGCUCAAAACGCUUCGCCUAGAAGCCGAUCACUGGUCUCAGGAUCAGUGCACAAGCAAUAUUGCAGAUGAUGCUGGGCCGUUUGGCUCUCUCAAGGAAUUUGCUGUCCUCGAAGACCUGCGGAUGCGAUAUGUCCACCUCGUGCAGCCGUCCACUUCCGAUUCAACUCAUGAGAUGAAAAGGCCGCUCGUUGAUAUACUUCCCUCCUCACUUAGAAAUCUGGAAGUUCUGGAAAUUGAGGAGGAUCAUUAUCCUGAUCUGCUGCUGGGCCUUUCACAGUUGGUGCAAUACCGGACUUCUUUUCCUCGGCUUGAACGAAUUACACUUCACGUGAUGGAAGUAGAUGAGAGCCUACAAAACUCUUUAAGACAUGAGUACAAGACUGCUGGUAUCGACUUUAGGGUGAAGACACAAGUAUUUACACGGUAG